CCCUUCGAAAGGCGUUUCCCUCCAAUUCCCUCCAAGUGGCGAUCGAGUCCUUUAUCUCGUCUCCAAACCCUAUCAUCUUCUUUCCCUUCUCCUCGGAGUCUUCUCCCCUCCAUCUCCGAUCCGUCUCCGGGAUGAUGGCGGCGUCCCCGGAUGACAGCCUGCGGCCGCGCGUCGGCCUGAUCUACGACGAGAGGAUGUGCCGCCACACGACGCCAGAUGGCGAGGCCCACCCGGAGUGCCCCGAGCGGAUCCGCGCCAUCUGGAAGAAGCUCGAGUCCGAGGGAAUUCCUCGGAGGUGUGUACUCCUCAAUGCUAGGAAAGUCGAGGACAAGUACUUAGCAUCUGUUCAUACCCAGAACCAUAUUGAAUUGAUUAAGAAUAUCAGUUCUAAAGAGUUUGACUCCCGACGUCAAAAGAUUGCUUCAGAGUUGGACUCUAUAUAUCUUAACGUGGGUUCAUCUGAAGCUGCUUACCUUGCUGCAGGUUCAGUCAUCGAAGCAUCUGAGAAGGUUGCUAAAGGAGAUCUUAAUUCUGUGAUUGCUAUUGUUCGGCCACCUGGACAUCAUGCAGAAUCCAAUGAAGCUAUGGGAUUUUGCCUUUUUAACAAUGUGGCAAUUGCAGCUAACUAUCUAUUGAAUGAGAAGCCAGAGUUAGGCAUAAAGAAGAUAUUAAUCGUGGAUUGGGAUGUGCAUCAUGGGAAUGGCACCCAAAAAAUGUUCUAUAAAGACCCUCGUGUGUUAUUUUUCUCUGUUCAUAGGUUUGACUUUGGAGACUUCUAUCCAAGUGGUGAUGAUGGUGCUUACUGCAUGAUCGGAGAAGGACCAGGUGCAGGGUACAAUAUCAACGUUCCCUGGGAACAUGGUCAAUGUAGUGAUGCAGACUACAUUGCUGUUUGGGACCAUGUGUUGAUUCCUAUAGCCAAGGAAUACAAUCCUGACAUUAUUUUGGUUUCUGCUGGAUUUGAUGCAGCCAUUGAUGAUCCACUUGGUGGCUGCUGUGUCACACCACAUGGGUAUUCACUUUUACUGCAAAAGUUGAUGCAAUUUGCACAAGGAAAGAUAGUAAUGGUCCUCGAAGGCGGAUAUAAUCUGAAGUCCAUAGCUAAUUCUGUUCUUGCUUGUGCAAAAGUGCUGUUGCAAGAAGAAUCUGUUGGAUCCAUACAGACUGCAACAUUCAAGUCCACAUGGCGUGUCAUAGAGGCGGUUCGCCAUGAACUUAAAGGGUACUGGCCUGUACUGGAUGUCGAGUUACCUCAGAACUUACUGAUUACCAAUAGCAGACCUUGCCCAGCUGAGGUGACCUACUCUAGUUCUGAGUCUGAUGUGGAAAAUGAUGAGGGAACCGCUCGAACUAUAAAUUUUUCAGAUUUUGUUGAGGAUGAUGUGCUUCUACCCCUUUCGAAACUGAAGAUUGAUGAAGGUAACCAUGGGAAGGUAAUUGCUUCAGAUCAAGUUCAAGAAGAGGAAAGUUUGUCUGCAUCUGAAGCAUCUCAUGAUGCAGAGUUAGUGACAUCUAAUGAGAUUGUUGAUGGUUAUAUCACAUGGAGAUCACUAUUAUCAAAAGUUGAAGUUUGGUAUGCCAGCUUUGGGUCAAAUAUGUGGAUGCCAAGGUUCCUGUGCUAUAUAGAAGGUGGGAAGGUGGAAGGCAUGAGUGCACCAUGCUGUGGAUCGCUAGACAAAAGUUCACCAAAAGAUGUCAUUUGGAAAAUUGUCCCUCAUCGUUUACUCUUUGGAAGAUCUCAUACCCGCACAUGGGGUGCAGGUGGUGUUGCUUUUCUUGAUCCUGAAAGGAGCACAAGUGACAAAGCCUACUUAUGCAUGUAUAGAAUAACACUUGAGCAGUUCAACGAUGUAUUGCUUCAAGAAAAUAGUUUGCACCAAGAAAAUGGUAUUAUUAAACAGAUGGCUUCUCCUUUACUAGAUUUACACAUCCUCGAAUAUGUUGCUAAAAACAAGUCUUUGCCUCUGAAAACCCUCAAGGAUGGAUGGUACUCCACAGUUCUUUAUUUGGGAAAAGAGGAUGAUCUUCCAAUUUUAACAAUGACGUGCUCUGCAUCAGAUGUUGAGCGUUUUAAAUCUGGAGAGCUACCAGCAUCCGUGCCUGCAAAAGACUAUAUGAAUACACUAGUGAAUGGCCUGGUAGAAGGGAAGCAACUGACCAGGGAGGAGGCUGUUGCAUAUGUCAAUGGUGCUGCCACCUGGAAAUUAUGAGCCUGAUCCUGCUGCUUUAUCCUCUGAACUCCCUCAGUACCAGAUCUUCUGGUAAAACAAUUUCAAAUUAGGAGAUGCAUAUUUCGCCUAAUUCUUCUAUUUAUGGUAAGUUACAUCUUGUAAAAUGCUGUUCUUCAUUCCUACCUGAAGAAUCUAACUCUGUGAUGCCUAAGUAACCCAGGUGAUGUAUUAUUGUUGUGUGUGUUACGUGAUGAACUUAAUCCUUGUUACAAACACUAGGUAUGCUAUGUAGAUAACUCAAUUCUGCUGGCGUUGAAA